AUGGCAACAAAUGCCAAAUGGAGUACCCCGAAUCAGUAUCCGUGGUACGUGGGCACGAACUCGGCUUUCAUCACGAAAACGCACGCGGCUUCGGACGUGCUGGCAACGCGGAGGAAGGAAUUCGCAAGGCUCACCAACGAAAUGUGGGACUACUACCCAAUCAAGCAAUUGGCCGCGAAGAAAACUCUGCUUCGCCGGAUCGGGAAAACAAUGCGAAGACAGAUCGAGAACUUUUACGGCUUCCCCGAGUACGUGCUACUGAUGUCAGGCAGCACCGUGAGCGGGCUGGCGACGAAGGGCUCCGACGUCGACAUGGUGAUCCUCGCCGAUCCACUCCGGGGCCAGCCAGAGCAAGAAUGUCAACGGGCAUACCUGCGCGAUCUGGCGUAUCGCAUCAGCCAGGACCAGUCGUUCCAGGACCUGAUCGGCGGCAUGCCCCUAGCCAUCAACGCCAGCAUUCCGCUGCUGAAGUUCGUGGCCGACAUCAGGGGACACCCGGUGGAGUGCGACCUCUCCGUGGCGUGCAAUCAAGAAGCCUUCGUCUCCUCCCACCACAACUCCUUCCUCAUACGCAAAUAUGUCGAGUUUGACGCUCGGGUGGCCCCGCUGUGUAUGAUCGUCAAAAAGUGGGCGAAAAACUACGGCGUGUACGGCCCGAUGCACUGUCGCUUUAACAGUUAUGCCAUUGUGAUGCUCGUGCUGCACUUCUUGCAGUGCGGCGUCAGCCCGCCGGUGAUCCCCAACCUGAUCCCGCUGUACCCGGGAUAUUUUGCCUGUGGUGAGCAAGAUUUCCCGCACCGCGUCGACUACCAUGCGCCGCCGCCCGAUCCGUUCCCGGAGGACGAGCCCCGAAACGAAAGCAACCUGGGCGAGCUGUUCUACCUCUUCUGCUUGUACUACAAAGAAUUCGACUUUGCCGCCACGUCCAUCGACAUGAGAAAGGCCGAGGCGAGGCCCAGGGAUGAUCGAGACAGAGACCAACCCCAGAGCCCGCUGGUGGUGCUGAAGGAUCCGAUCGACACGCACAACCCCGCCCGGACGGUUCGCCGGAAGAAAGACGACAUUUGUGAGGACCCGAUCUGCGUUGAUCUCCACGGCGGCCCGAUGCACCCCUUCGAACAGAUCAAGGACUCCUUCAGCGCAAUGGUCCACCACUUCGAAAGCACCAACGUGCCGCUCCAGUCGCUCAGCCGGCUGAUGCUCGAGAAUAUUUGGGGCGAU